UACGAUGUGCCUUCACGUGACACCGGCACAGAUCGUCCUAGCAAAUCUAACGCCGAUAAAGGAACCAUAUAUAACUUGUUGUGGCCACAGCCAAAGGCUGUGAUUGAAUUGAAAAACUUUACAGCUCCAUUUAUUGCCGGAAAGGAGCUUUUUAUAUCGAUAAUACAAGGAAGUGAAUCUGUACAUAAAAUAUUAGAUGUGUGGGAGGUCAGUAGAACUCAUUUACUCGAACUGGGUCACGAUGUAAAAAUUGGCGAAGUGCAACCUAGUUGCGGCAAACUGCUCAACGACAAUACGAUAGAAUGCACUGUGAAUAACAAUCUAUUUAAUAUUACGGACGGCUAUCAAUUGCAUAUUACGCAAAACUUCAUUAAAGUGAGCGCCGGAAGUUUAGUGGGGCUGCAUUACGCGGUCUGCACAUUUGUGCAGAUUCUACGUCUGAGUAAGAAUCGGAAUAGAUCGGAGCUGUGCGAAAUAGAGCCCGUCUUUAUAAAAGACGAGCCGAGAUUCACACAUCGCGGUUUGCUGUUGGACAUCUCACCCAGAGGACGUAUACCGACCCUAGAAUACCUUUUGCAUAUUAUUGAUCUACUGUCGUCGUUUAAAAUCUCGCAUUUGCAUCUCUACUCCAGACUUAUACCGAAUUGUGACUGGCAGCUCUGCUACUCCAAGUCUGAGAUGGUAACACUGGAUAGAUAUUGCAGGGAUCGGCAUUUAGAUAUAGUGCCCACAUUGGAUGUCGAUUCUAACGUCGGCCAGCAUCACUUGACCCAAAUGUGGCCUAUCUUUCAAGAAUUACUUGCGGUAUUUCCCAGUUUGAGUUACGUUCACGUCGGUCCACGAUUAGCGAGUUUAUUAGUGCAAGCUGACAAUUUCGACUUGAACGCGUCUGUUAACGAUACAAUCGAAACGGAUAUGUCGGAAGUAUUCAAGUCCUAUUCGUGCCUUCAAGAACUCUGGCAUAUUCUCAAUCUAAGCGCGAACACAACUCUACUAUUAUGCUCCAAUGGCCUACAUUCUAAACCCGAAUUCCACAAUAUUCCCACUAAUAUUAUACUCGUUGAAUACGGAUUUCAGGCUGAUUAUGAUUUCUCCGAAUGGACAGAAGCGUUCAGAGUAGCAGGUGGUAACGUUUUACCAAGCUCUGGUACGGCUAGUUACAAUAGUUUAGCGGGAUGCCCGGCGUCAACAUAUGCUAACACGAGGAACGCGAUAAAGACCUCUCUAGAGCAGAAUUCGAUCGGUAUCGUUGUCGCACAUUGGUCGGGUAGUCAUCAUCUUACACCGCAUCCUUUCGCAUGGAUCGGUUAUUUAGUGGCGGCUGGUUUAGCUUGGAACCCAAUGACGGAAAUAGACUUGGGUCCUGAUGAUAAUUAUGACAUGCCUGAAUUAUCUGCAUCAAUUAGGGAAAAAUGUAUCACGAAAUUAUUAGACAUACACGUGUUUCAAGACUCGGAGUUUAAAAUCGGUAGCGCGAUACUAGAGUUAGGACGUUUAGACACUUUGGUAUUAACAUUAAGCAAAAAUCAGGCAGUUAAAGACCUGCAACAAAUACCAGAUAAUCGCGGUUCCACAUUAUAUAGAUUAUUAACUGAUCCAGAUAAUGUGAACCUAGAAUAUCUCUCAACCGAUCUAUUCGCUAAAAUGACGAAGCAAAUUAAACGAAUAUCCCAUUCCUUGUACGAGGCGAACUUGUCCUCCAAAUUCGCAUCAAUGGAGAUACAGGAAUUGCAACUGACCUCCGAUUUGAUGCUAACGGCAUGCAAGAUCGGCAGAACUUUGAUCGGAGUCGGCGUAAAUCCGAAUAGUAACAUGGGGCUCGCAGUCAUUAAUCUAGGAGUAUCUAACUUACCGCCUACUUUCAGAACUGACGUAGCAAACAAAAUGUUGGCUCACAUAGAGCAAUACAAAGGCUCUUGGUUGCAAAGACAUUUGCCACAGGGUCUUCAGAGCUCUUUGCUAGUUUUAACUAGUGCACUGCAUAGAUUUGUGCCAGAGACAACAAGUUUCGUUUGAAACGUUAAUCGACAAAAGACUGCAAUGUAAAAAUAUAUGGUAAAUGAUAACAUGGUAAAUGAAAUACAUAUAGGAUUCUAAGAUAAACUCGAAAAUUGGUUACAUUGAGAGCAAUAUGUACUUGGAUAUUUACAUAUUAUUAUAUUGAUUAUUGUACAUUCACUAUGUAAUAUCAUUUCCUGAUGUUUGAUUGGCUAUAUUUACUAUGCUUGAAGAAAAUAAUAACUUUUUGUUAAGAAAGCAAUUUUAUUUGUCAAAAAAUUUCAAAAAAAUUUUUAUUUUAAUAAAUGUACAUUUAUUAAUUUUAAUAAUUUGUGAGAGCCAUGAUUGAUAUAAUUAAAACGGCAAAUUAUAUAUUUGAUGGCUAUAUCAUUUAUUUCCAUAUGGACAUAUGUGCAAAUGCGAAGUUUGAAAUUAUUUUGCAAUGAGGUAAUAUAUUUUUUAUAAUAUCAACACAUUUGAUACAAUUAUCUUAUAAGAAAUAUAUAUAUAUAAUUCAUGCAAUAAAUAAUAUUAAUUCAUAAUGGU